AUGAAAGUUAGAGAUAAAUUAUACAAGAAAUGGCUUAUUACUCGAAAUUAUGUUUUCCUAAACAAAUAUAAAUUAUAUCGCAAUAAAAUUGCUAUCAUUAAUAAGAUAUAUCGUGACUGCUUUUAUAAUGACAUAUUAAUCAAAUCAGAUAACACGAAAAAGAUAUGGAAUAACAUCAAUUUAUUGAUAAAUAAGAAGCGGCCAAGUUCUCACAUAGAAAAACUACAAGUGGAUAAUCAACGUUAUGAACAACCUUUAACUAUCUCCAACUGCCUUAACGAAUUUUUUUGUAAUGUCCCUUCUACACUAGCGGCACAACUGCCUAAAUCUGAUAAGAGUGCAACCUCUUAUCUCUCUCAGAAACAAAAACAAUUUCGCUUCACAGAAGUCUCUGA